GCAGCUCGCGCGUUCCCGGGUUCCCGGGGUUUAUAUAUACACACCGGCAAGCUCGAAGUGUACAGACCUCUAGGAAGAUGGCAUGUGAAGAUCUGUGCGGGAAAUAAUGCGUGUACAUUUGUCGUUUGUUCUUCUCUUAGUCGUGUUUUGUUGACUUGAGCUUGUUUUCUCUCAGUGUCGCUCCAGUUUGAGUCAGAAGAGUUCGGUACGAACUUUGUUAGCCACUUUCCCAGAUAGUAAUCAGUCUGACUCUGUUCCAGUCUAAUCAUGCCGCCGGUAGAGACCGAGCACGGGCAGAUUAAAGCCCGGAUACGGGAGCUCGUCGACACCAAUCGCGUUGUGAUUUUCAGCAAAAGCUACUGUCCCUUCUGUAAAAAGGUGAAGGCGCUCUUUGAGGAGCUGAAUGUGACAUGUGAAGUCUUGGAGCUGGAUCUGAUUGAGAAUGGCUCCAGCUACCAGGAUGUGCUGACUGAGAUGACUGGACAGAAAACGGUCCCCAAUGUCUUUGUCAACAAGACACAUGUCGGAGGCUGCGACAAGACCAUGCAGGCAUAUAAAGAUGGCCACCUACAGCAGCUGCUGGGAGCGGAGAGCACGGCGUAUGACUAUGACCUCAUUGUGAUAGGGGGUGGCUCUGGAGGUCUGGCUUGCUCAAAGGAAGCAGCUGCCUUGGGGAAGAGGGUCAUGGUUUUAGAUUAUGUUGUUCCCACACCUUUGGGCACAACUUGGGGUCUGGGUGGCACAUGUGUGAACGUGGGUUGUAUUCCUAAGAAGCUGAUGCAUCAGACUGCCCUGCUGCACACUGCUCUGGAGGAUGCCCGAAAAUUUGGUUGGGAGUUCAGUGAGGCAGUAAGUCAUAACUGGGAAACAAUGAAGACUGCCGUGAAUAACUACAUCGGCUCUUUGAACUGGGGCUACAGAGUGUCUUUACGUGACAAGAGCGUUGAAUAUACGAAUGCUUAUGCAGAGUUUGUGGAGCCACACAAAAUCAAGGCGACAAACAAGCGAGGCAAAGAGACGUUCUACACUGCAGCCAAGUUUGUGCUGGCAACAGGAGAGCGGCCGCGCUACCUGGGCAUCCCUGGAGACAAAGAAUACUGCAUCACCAGUGAUGAUCUGUUCUACUUGUCCUACUGUCCUGGUAAAACGCUGGUGAUCGGAGCAUCGUACGUGGCUCUGGAGUGCGGUGGAUUCCUGGCAGGUCUGGGACUUGAUGUCACCAUAAUGGUGCGCUCCAUUCUGCUGAGAGGCUUUGACCAGGACAUGGCCAACCGUGCAGGGGACCAUAUGGAGACACACGGGGUCAAAUUUCUCAGGCAGUUUGUCCCGAUUAAGGUAGAGCAGCUUGAGGCUGGUACUCCAGGCAGAUUGAAAGUGACUGCCAAGUCUACAGAAACUGAUGAGCUCUUUGAAGGAGAGUACAACACUGUACUGAUAGCUGUGGGUCGUGAUGCUUGUACAGGAUCUAUAGGUCUAGACAAGGCUGGGGUGAAGGUCAACUCAAAGAAUGGGAAGGUCCCAGUGAAUGACGAAGAGCAGACCAACGUUCCACACAUCUACGCUAUCGGGGACAUCCUGGAGGGCAAGUGGGAGCUGACUCCUGUGGCCAUUCAGGCUGGAAAACUGCUGGCUCGUAGACUGUUUGCAGGUUCCUCUGUGAAGUGUGACUAUGUGAAUGUUCCUACUACUGUGUUCACACCUCUGGAGUAUGGCAGUUGUGGUCUUUCUGAAGAAAAGGCCAUAGAGUAUCAUGGAGAGGAAAACCUGGAGAUUUUUCACAGUCUGUUUUGGCCUCUGGAGUUCACCAUACCUGGCAGGGACAACAACAGGUGCUACGCCAAGAUCAUUUGCAACAAGUUGGACAGUGACCGUGUCAUUGGUUUUCACUACCUGGGCCCUAACGCUGGUGAGGUGACUCAGGGCUUUGGUGCUGCCAUGAAGUGUGGGGUCACAAAGGAGCAGUUAGACAACACCAUUGGAAUACACCCUACCUGUGCUGAGAUAUUCACCACAAUGGAAGUGACUAAGAGGUCAGGUGGCGACAUCAAACAGUCUGGCUGCUGAGGUUAAACCCUGCUCGUUUAAUAGGCUGUCCUAAAACCAUAUGAACGGGUUCAGACUAGUUUAUACUGGCCUAAUCCAUCCUUUAAGCAGUUUCUCAGCUUUUCUCCUCUGCAUUCAAAACAAGCUUUUCCACUAGAUUUCUAGAUUUUUGAGCUCCAUUCAAGGUUAAACCAAAUCUCCAAAUAGACAGUCCACCACAGAGCAAUAAAAGAUGGAAUUGGAUAAAAGUGCAAGCUAGCUUAGUGUGCACUCAAGUUUAAUUGUAGUAAAGAAACAUGGGUUAACUCUGGCCUUGGGGGUCUAGGUUUGUAGCGACUCUUUAAAUUUAACAGCUGGAUACCACUUGGAGCAUCUAGGGUUCCUCCUUAGGAGUGAGUGUUUUCUCAGUGGUUGCAUUUAAGGAAGUCCUCAGACUGUGGUCUUUCAGGACUAAGCUUAACCUGUUGCAGAGGACAGAAGCUGGAGAAGCUAAAAUCUUGUAGGACAGCCUGUUAAACAGCGGGGUUACUCUGCUGCUCCAAAUCCUCCAAACCUAAGUCAGAAUUGCACUUGGGGGGAGGGCGCAUGCUUUUGCUCUCACACUCAAGUGCUGUGUGACGUUUUGGCCCUUAACCUGAAUUCUGAGGUGGGCUAAGACUGAUAAUGGUCUGUGCUUAGAUUUAAGAGGUAAACACUUUCUUGUACAAACACUCUAGUCCAGCAACCUCAGCUCCAGGCUCACAAGUAGGACUUGGAGCCAUCGAUUACCCAAAAAUACUGCAGUGCUGCACAAUCAUGACCGUUCGAACGGGCUCUCUGGGCACAUGUGACGAAUACAUGUAAAGGCCAGAGAGAAUUACUCUAAUGAUUUAAUCCACCAUAGCUUAGGACAUUAAUAUCCAUUAAUGCUAAACAUGUUUGUUAAACAUUACAUUUUUGGGAGCUAGGGCCAGAUGAUUAUUUUUGUUUACUUUAAAGUUGGACAUUGUGGCUUGCUUGUUUGUUUUUUUGUUUGUUUUUUUGGACAUUUUGUUGUUGUAUCCUUACCAACAUUCCAUCAAUCAUUUAAUAGUUAGUUGGUUUGUUCUUUUUCCUUUCAUCUCCGUCCAAUAUCUAGUUGGAAGCUUUUUACUAAACAGCCAGUCAUGAGCGAACAAAUUGGUCUCAAAACAAAACUGGCAUAUAGUUUGCCAAAACUAAUCCGGUGUCCAUUAAACAUUAAUUGAUUAAAUGAAAAUAUUUGUGUACAUUAAUAUCUCAUCCCUGGUUUUGAUUUAAAUGCACUUAAAUUUCUGAAUUUAAUUCACUUUCUAUUUAAAAGAUGUUCAGAUCAUAACCAAAUGCCUUUUAUUUUAUUUUUUUUAUUUUUUCAGUUUGAUCUCACUGUUUUUGAUAUAUAGACACCCUGGUUGCUGUGGACUUUAUUAAAUGUUUAUUAAACCCUGUUGAUGUUACCUAGCAACUAUGCCUGGUAAAUAUACAAACCAGUGUUUUUCAUGGUAUCAUUAUUUUCAGAAUAAUCAAAAGAACUUUAAUAAAGCUAUGUACACUGAACCUUA